AAAGAAAAUUAUUCUUUUGUAACCAAAUUCAUUCUCUUGGGGAUAACAGAACAACCUGAACUUAAAAUACCAUUGUUCCUCUGUUUUCUGGUAAUACACAUCAUCACUGCAUUGAGGAAUUUGACCUACAUCAUUCUGAUUGUGUUGAAUUCUCACCUCCACACACCCAUGUACUUUUUCCUGUUUAACUUAUCUUGCAUUGAUCUCUGUUAUUCUUCUGUGAUUACACCCAAAAUGCUGAUGAACUUUAUACAAAAAAAAAAGAAAAAGAAUGUGAUCUCUUACAUGGCAUGUAUGACCCAGCUCUACUUCUUUUGGUUUUUUGUCUUUUCUGAGUGCAAUGUGCUGACUUCAAUGGCCUAUGAUCGCUAUGUGGCUAUCUGCAAUCCACUCUUAUAUAAUGUUGCCUUAUCUCCUAAGGUGGGUUCCUAUCUAUUGCUUGGUUCAUAUUUGAUGGGGUUUUCUGGUGCCAUGAUCCACACGGGUUGUGUCCUGAGACUGACCUUCUGUGAUGGAAAUACAGUCAACCACUGCUUCUGUGAUGUCCUCCCUUUGCUGCAGCUCUCCUGCACCAGCACCUAUGGCAAUGAGUUAGAGCUGUUCAUUGUAACAGGAAAAGACAUCAUUGUGCCCACAGUCAUUAUCUUUACUUCUUAUGGUUUCAUCAUUUCGAGCAUCCUCAAAGUGGUUCUGAGAAAAUCCUUAAGCAGGAGAAUGUAUUGA